AAAAGCUUAUAUUUGACAUUUUGAACAACGUCGAAGCAAUAUGAUAAAAUAUUUAAUUUUAUUAAUCUGUCUUAUAAUUGCCGUACAGGCAAUUGGGGAUGAAAGAAAAAUUUGCAAAGAUCAAAGCGAUUGUAAGGAUAAUCAAUGUUGUUUGCGAAUAGGACUUGUAUAUAAAUGCAUGAAGCGACCGGAACAUGAUAAGUCCUGCCAUCCUUUUGCCGAUUUUGAUGAAAGCGUUGAUGGCGAAGCUUAUAAAAGAGGUUGUCCUUGUUUAGACGAGAAUGAUGAAUGCAAAAUGGGUGAGAGCCUGCUUGACAAAUUUCCUAAAUGUAGAACUAAGAAAUAGUAAACUUUAUGACAAGAGAUUACUGUAUCGUGUCUUUUAAAUGAAAAAUAAAAUGUUUUGAAACGUUUGAA